UCAAUCAUACGUAGUACGGUCAACAAAAAGAUGUCCAAUUGGCCAAAAUUCGAUUUUCCAUCGCCAAAAUACUCUGCGUGGACUCGGAAACGGUCGUUGAUGAAUGGUGAGGCUGCGCCGAAACGAAGACUGAAUUUUAUUCCCGCCAUCGACGAAAAUUUCGAAAAAUCUUCAACUUCGUCGCCUUCAACAAGCCGAUGUUGUAUUGUCAAAUUAGACGAUACCAAAAAUCGAGUCAUAUCGAAAAGUAGAUCAAUGCACGAGAACGUAUCAUCGUAUACGAAAGCUAGUGCACUUCAUCCAUUGAAAGAUUCAGAAGCGAUCGGUGAUCGCCUGCAGGAAACUGAUGUGGCAUCGAAUCACAAAUUCGGAGAUAAGGCCAAGCUGAUUCGACGGAAAGUCCUUGAUAAUAGCUUCCUGAAACGUGCGAAACAUAAGGAAUCUUUGCAAGUGACACCUCCAAGUGAUGCUAAAUAUUCGCAGUCUCAUGAUUUUGAAGCAGAACCUGAAAUCGAGAAGAAAUCUGGGCCGAAAUUAGGAUAGUGGAGCCGGAAUAUCGGGGUCAUCCGACCUGGANUUUGCGUCAAAUGUGAUGCAAUAAAGCCAAGCGGCGUUAACCCUGAAGCUGACAGUGAAACUAUACCGUAUGUAUUACCUGGUUUCACGCGAGUUAGUGAUCCACGACGUGUCAGAAUUCCGAUUCCCGAAGAGGUGGAGGGAGGAGAUUUUGACGUAUCGCUUGAUCUACCUGAUGGAUAUGAUCGUUCUUACGUGUCUCCAGUCCUUGAUGAUAGCUUUCUGAGACGUGCAAAACAUAAAGAAUCUUUUCAAGCAACACCCCCAAAUGAUGUUAAAUCUUCGAAUUCAACAAGGUCUUCAAAAGAUUCAUCUAAACAAAUAGUUGCCUCACCUGAGACAACUAAAUUAUCUUCGGCUCGACCUGAAGUGGAAAAAUCGUCUUUGAAGUAUUGUCAGAUUCCAUCGUCUUCAAAACAGCAACAACAAGAAAUGUCAUCAUCAAUAACAGACCAGCACUAUUAUGGAAAUUGUUCGCGAGCUAGUCCCCAAGGGUUUCCCGAUUCCCGAAGAAAAGUGAUCGAAAACGAACUUCUGUCUUCUUUGCAUCAAGCUCAUGACUUUGAACCUUCCAGUUGUCAGCAACAGCCAGAAUACUCGUCGCAGAAGGAUUCAAGUUUAGUGGACCCAUUUGCAAGCUGUAGUUCGCAGUCUGAAUCAAUGCUGAAGUCCGCAACUUCAGAUGAUAGCUGUUCUAUAAAAGCAGUUGCCAGUAACCCACAGAAAUCGCAGGUUUUUUGUGAUGCUGAUUUGACGAUGGAUUCGGAUCUUUUUGAUUCGCCUUCUCAAAAAUUUCUUUUCGAAUUGGCUUCACCUAUUGAACCGAUAAAAAAAGCAUUGUGUUCUGAGGGUGAUGAAGAAGUUCCAUUAAAAGAACGAGGCAAACAUUUCCGUCGCAGAACUUCUACACUGUUAACAGCAGAUGAAUAUAACGGUAACGUUGAUAAUGGAAUAGAUCAUGGUAAUGAGGAAGAUGAUAAUAAUGUCAAUGAUAAAGAUAAGUCAGUUAUAUGUGCCGAAAUGGAAGUCAAUAGCUUAAAGGAUAGUGGUGAUGAUUCCGUAUGGUUUGAUGCGAAAUGUUACAAUAAUGAGCCCUUCACAAUAGCAACAUGUUCAACGCAGACUGAGUUUAUCCGAAAUUCCCCUCAAAUAUCGCCUCAAAAAUCUGUGGAAACUGAUGUUUCCCCAGUGAAAACCCCACUUGCCAGUUCAUUAUGUUCACAAAGAAACGCAAACUCCAAUCCUCCUCAGAUAUCAUCUGCUGAAUCUUCAUCGUUGGGAUGCAGGGUAUCAAAUGAAAUUGAAGUGAAUGAUAUUUGGGAAAGACGCUUAACAGAGGCAUCGGGAGCAACAGUUCGGGCAAAUCACCGGUUAAGUAAACUAGCUGAUGCUUUGAAAAGACGUCAACAGACUCUCCGAUCGGAUUUAGCGAUGUGGCGAUGUGAUAUGAUAAAUAGCCCAGUUCUUAAGGGUUCAGCUGGUAGCAAUGAUAAGGGUUGUUUUGAUUGUGCGAUUGAUAAGGCUAACGAUGCGCUUGGUAUUGAUAAGAACAGUGGUAAAGGCAAUGACAACGGUAGAGAUGUGAACAGCGAACAAAAAUGUGCAAUGCAGAUUCAACUAGAUGACGCAUCAUCUUCAUUAAAGAGAUGGGGUGUUUGCUGGAGAAGGGGCAACGAGGUGGGAACGGGUAGAAGCGUUUUGAUUGCAGAUAGUGAACCGUUGAAUCUGAUUGGAAAUGGGAAUUUGAAUGCAGUUUCAGGAAGUGAUAGUUGUUGUUCAGAGCAUGUUGAUUCGUAUUAUUUGUCUUUGUAUAAACCGUUGGCGAAAUCUGAACUGGAGCAAAAUUCUGAGAAAUUAAUGAUUUUGUUGGCUCCGAGAUUCACAGAAAUUCAGUCACCUUUAGUGCUGAUCGUACAUUUAAUGAUGCCAUUAAUGGUCUGGCAAAUCCUGCUAAUAAUAGCGUUCUUUCCCGAACAAUUUCUGAUGGACUUUAUCGAUGAAUUCUAUCGUUACGAUAGUGCGGCUGGUGAUCAAUUGUUAUUAUUUGACGAUGACAUAACUCACCAAGAACAGAUACAUUCACACGGUGAUGUGCCAAGGAGUCCGAGACCACUGAGGGACGACAACGACAUUGAGUUUGAUAACGAAUUGCAGCUUUCUGAAGGUUGA